AUGUCGAAUCUUAUUCCCACCGAUACAUCCCAUAUACCUCGGGAGGUAUGGAUCCUGAUCCUGACACAUCUACGCAAACCCCUCCCUGCGCCGCUCUCGCGACCUUCCAGUCGGUCCGUAUUCUCCCAGCAUGACUUGACCAGUCUGUGCCGGGUAUCCAAGCUCUUCAACGCGGUCGCUACGCCUAUCCUCUACAGAAUCAUUUCGACCGAUCGCUUUCCUUCCCUCCUCAACAACAUCGACCUCACUUCCCCUUCAUCCCCCCUACACUUCACCGAGAAGCUCUACGUCGACUAUAGGGAUAAAAAGGCGGAAAUCGAAUACGCCGAGAUACUCUGGGCCGGCGAGGCCGCGGAACCAUCGCAAAAUCCGGCCAACGAGUGUGCUGAGCUACUCCAGCGGGUACUUGCGGGAUCUACGAUCUCACACCUGUGCGUCAGAAACUUCUCGGGUCCCCUCUGCCUGCCCAACCCGUCCAACCCAGAUCUCAACAUCGGACAGCGAUAUCUCCGCGUCGUUCACUUCCGCAGCCGGCCGGACCCCCUUAUCGUGUCUCGAUUUCGUCCCACAGUAAGCGACGCCUUCUACCACGAGAUCAUCCCUCUCUCCACCGGCGUCCCGACCCGCUUCGUCUCUGACCUCAAAGGCAGCGAAUGCUUCGCAUUGGCGAUCGCUGGCGCAACUAUAAGCCUUGACAGGAUGGCCAAAGCCCGGGCUCCGCGUAGAACGGCAGGCAAGCGAAGCGAGGCAGUAGAUCUCACGGUUUACUGUUCGGGCGAGGAGUGGACAGUCAGUAAUCAUUCGCACAUGCUGAGUGACGCCAUCCUCGCCAGCGCGGGACUUCCACCUCCCUCCACCUCUUCCGGCGCUCAGCUGUACACUCUCACGGCGAAGCAGCAGCGGAUCGUCGGCGAAGCGCAAGGCGAGUAUCUUCAGAUGGGAUUACGAGCCAUAGGGGGGGAGCACGAUGUGAUCAAAUGGCGGCCGCAUCACGAGACGCCCGUCUGCCAGGCGUGCGGAUCUGGUCAGGCGUAA